AUGUUGUCAACUCUUGCCGUUCUGCUAGCCUCGGCCGCCACCAUGGUUAGCGGCCAGUACACACCCACGAUCGACCCAAACUCAGUGCCCCUACCCGAGCGUGAAAACUGGUGCAAUUCCCAAAUAUACUCCUGCCCAAUCCUCUGUUUACAAGUGGCCAAUUCGACCGGAGCCCUGGUCAACAACUGCUCGCCGAAAACCCUCGAAUACGAAUGCGAAUGCAGCAACGGUGUCUCCCCCAACGCUACCGAGUUCUCACAGACAAUGUCAUACUAUAUUUGCACCGAAGCCAACAACCAGUGUGUUGCAAAGUGUGCUGAUGCUAUCUGCCAGGAGGAUUGUCGCUCUGAUCACCCCUGUGGUGCUCAGAACCCCAUCCGCGUGAACGUUACUACUACUGCUACGGCUACGGCUACAGCUAAGCCUUCUGCGAAGGCUGCUACGACUAAUACCACGUCGACUGCUACAAGUACCUCCACAGCAACGGGCGGUGCGCCCAGGUUGCUAGCUGUGGAUAUGGGAAAUGUUUAUGGGCUUUGCCUGCUCGUUGGUAGCAUUGUUGCGGGAUUUGCUGCCCUGGUCUAA